UGUAUAAAUAUUUCUCAAACUCAUGCAAUACUAGAUAUAAAGAUAACUUUUUUUAUUUACCUAAAGAUACAAUAUGUUUUAGUGUGGAAAUAAUUAAAAUGAUAUAACGUUUAUUCAAGAAACGAUAAGGUGCUUGUUCGAGAUGAAGUUUUUGAUUACAAUUUUGGCUGUAGCUCUGGUAGGUUCUACUACAACGAGAGCUGAAAUAUCAGGACCACCAGGUCAAAAUCUUGUUAGAUAUGUCGGCCAAUUACUUGGAAAAUGUUUUCCAAACCAAAGCAACGCAGAAGAUCAAAUGUAUACAGGAAACAAUAUAUUGGAAGUUUUAAACGCACAAGCUGGUGUUGACAUCUUUGUCAAAACACAAAAUGGUAUAAAAAUCAAUGCUGAUAUUUUUGCUGCAAUACUCAGUGAUUGUAUUCAAUCCUCCUUACAAGGCCAAGGUAGUACAGCAAUUCGCAUAAAUAAACGAGAUGUGACACCAGCUAUUAACGCUCUUUUAUACAACCAAGAAAUGAGUGUUCAAGACAUCGACAUGUUCGUCUUUUCCAGACAAUUAAAUCCAAGAUUUAGAAGAGAUCUAGCAUUUCCAUUAAAUCUAUUUCAAGAAGUUAUUUCCACCAUCAUCUUGCAACCACUAAUUGCUCAUGUAAACUCAAUUUUUGACGGUAUUGAUAAACUCAUUCUUUCUUACUACGUCGAUCCCGCAUCCGUAACAGAUCCCAUUCAAAGCAUUGUUAUUAACACUAUCAACAACGCAGUUCAAACAGUUUCAGGCAUAAUAAAGAAUAUUAAAGCACAAAUUACUGAAUUAUUUUCGACUGUAAUCAAGGAAGGAACUUCUACCACUACAGCAUCGAUACAAGCUAAAAGUAAAAGCUUGCAAACAAGAGAUGCGUUUUCUGAUGUUAUCGAAAAUUUGCUCGUCCAGCCCAUAAGGGAUCUUGUAAAUGGUAUUCUUCAAACACUUAGAGAUCUUAUUAAUUCCUUUGCUGUUCAGGAAAAAUCUGAUAAUCCCAUACAAACCGUUAUUAACGAAUUGACUAACAGCAGUGUUUCCAUGUUCCUGCAGAUGAUAGAUCUUGUACAAAACCAAGUUGAUUCAAUUUUAGGAACUUCAACGAGCUCAGUAGCUGCAUAAACCAGUUGUUUAUUACUUACGUUUUAAGUAAAUAUUUUUUGAUUGUUGCAAAUAAAUAAAGUGUUUAAAAAAUAUACU